AUUCACAACAAGAUUUGUACAACCUACUUGGAGCCACCUAUGCUGCUACCUUCUUUUUUGGGGCUUCCAAUUGCAUGACGGUUCAACCUGUUGUGUCAAUUGAGCGAGCAGUUUUCUAUCGUGAAAAGGCAGCGGGGAUGUACUCUCCAUUAUCCUAUGCGUUUGCUCAGGCAUGUGUGGAGGUCAUCUACAACAUCAUACAGGGGAUUCUGUACACGGUCCUCAUAUACUCGAUGAUUGGAUAUGAUUGGAAAGCUGAUAAAUUCUUCUACUUCCUGUUCUUCAUCACUGCGAGCUUCAACUACUUCACUUUGUUUGGUAUGAUGUUGGUAGCAUGUACUCCGUCUGCAUUGCUGGCAAACAUUCUCAUCACAUUUGCCCUACCCCUCUGGAACCUCUUUGCUGGAUUCCUCAUCGUCAGACCGGCAAUACCAAUUUGGUGGAGGUGGUACUACUGGGCCAACCCAGUCUCCUGGACCAUCUAUGGUGCCGUGGCGUCUCAGUUUGGUGAGAAUGGCGGUUUGCUCUCAGUUCCUGGAGGGAGCCCCGUGAUGGUGAAGGAGUUCUUGAAGGAUAAUCUCGGGAUCCGGCAUGACUUCCUUGGCUAUGUCGUGCUCGUCCAUUUCGCCUACAUCAUUGCGUUCUUCUUUGUAUUUGGUUAUUCCAUCAAGUUCUUCAAUUUCCAAAAACGCUAGCUCCACAGGCAGU